ACAUGUUAACACUUGGUUUCUUUGGAUAAGUACACGCUACACAUCUUGAAUACUAUCAACAUUCCCUAUAUUAUUUGCAAUGACGGCAGACGGUAGUCGUUUGGUGAAUGCGAUAUUUUAACCAUUGCCGGUGAAUAGGAUUUCAUUAAAGUUUUUCAAUUAUAAUCCGACCAGAAAUCCGCUCAUUGCUCAACCAAAAAACGAAGUGAAUAAAAUACGUCAUCAUGCUGGACUUUUGGCUUUCUAUCGUGCAAAGUUUAUUGUUAUUAAAUUAUGCAACCGCUCACAAACCGGUUGUCUACUCGGUUCAGUCUCCUCGGUCGAAUGCAGAUUACUAUAGAACAUGCGCCCCGCGUGUCCGGUGCGAUCCGCAGUCCAAGUACAGGACAUUUAAUGGAUCUUGUAAUAACUUGGAACACGCUUCGUGGGGUUCGUCUAACACGCCCCACCUCAGGCUGGUCGACGCGGUUUACAACGGCGGAGAACGAGAAUUUCGCAAACAGGUCAACGGUUUGCCGUUGCCUGGACCUCGAGAACUGCAAAACAAUCUGUUCCAGGACGUAUCCAAUAGCUGGUUCGACGAUUAUAACGUGCAUUUAAUGGAAUGGGGACAGUUCCUCGCCCACGAUAUAACUCUUAUGCCGCCAGACGGUUCGGGACCCGCAGACUGUUGUGCUGUACAAAAUCAGUUGAACGCUAUCCCGUACCAAUGCCGAGCGGUAAUCAGAAUACCCAAAGACGAUCCAGUAUACACGCAAACCAGAAGAAACUGCAUGCCCUUUAGACGAGCAACGACCUCGUCGAGUUUCAAUUGCGCGCAGUUACCGAACAUAUUUAUGGUACAGACUUCGCAGUACAUCGACGCCUCGCAAGUGUACGGAUCGAACGACAGCAUGGCGGCUUCGCUUCGGACGUUUAGAGACGGUCGACUUAGGUCCGAGUUGGUACAGAAUGGUCAAGAGUUUUGUCCGCAACGCAGAAGAAUGUCUUCGGUAUGUGACGGUCGGCAAAACGUCGGCGUAUGCUACGAUGCCGGGGAUCCUCGAGUUAAUCAGAACCUUGGAAUAGCAUCAUAUCAAAACGUAUUUUUGAGAUUCCACAACUAUAUAGCGACUCAUCUACAAGCAAUUAACCCACGAUGGUCAGACGAAAUCAUAUAUCAGGAAGUUCGCAGAAUUAUCGGUGCAAUAAUACAGAUAAUUACUUACAAGGAGUUCAUACCGAGCGUGAUUGGUAAGAGAUUUAGCGAAGAAGCCGGCCUGUCUAUUUACAAUAGUAGGACGGUGUACGACAAAGGUCUCAUGUCUUCCACGGGACUUGAGUUUGCGGCUGCAGCGUACAGAAUUUUGCAUAACAUCAUUCCGACUCAAUUAAAUUACAUUGACGAAUCUCACCGAUAUGUAGGAGCGGUCAACAUAACAGAUUUUAUGAACAUGCCCGGCCAAAUCCAAAUUGGGUCCAACCUGGAAUACUUGCUGACUGGUAUGAGUGAAACUUCGGGUCGCAAGAAUCAACCUUCGUACAAUAACUUGAUAUCCAACUUCAUGUUCCAUUUCAAUACGCCUGAUACAGCUGACUCGAGCCUGAUAGCUACAGACAUACAGAGAGGACGGGACACGGGUCUACCUCCGUAUUUCGUUGUCAGGCAACAAUGUAAAUUAUCUGCAGUAAAGAGUUUUGAGGACCUGCUUGCUAUAAUGGUGCCGAAUGAAGCCAAGCUAUUGAAAAAUCUCUACGCUUCAGUCUAUGAUGUUGAUCUAGUAGUGGGAAUGUUGUUGGAGAUACCGGAACAAGGUUCCAUGGUUGGUCCAACGGCCAGAUGCAUUUUAGCUGAUGGAUUUUAUAGGUUUAGGUACGCCGAUCGUUUUUUCUUCGAUGUACAAGGACAACCAGGCAGUUUCACACAGGAACAACAGGAAGUAUUAAAAGGCAUUGAUGUAGGACAUAUUUUAUGUGUUACCACUAAGAUGCGUGAAGCACAAAAAGAAUUUUUCAGAGCUCCUGGUCACGAGAUCUACUCGAAGCAAACGCUCAAAUGUAAGGAGGUAAAAAACAUGUCAAAUUUCAGUGCAUGGAGAUCCAAUACAAGAAAUUAAACAUCUCCUUGGACACGAUUUUUGAUGUACAUAACGUAUGAUGUUGAAAUACUCAUAUUGAUGCUCCCAAGUUAUUAUGGA